CCCCUCCAAAUCAUUGGAUUCAGGUGUUCCAAUCACCUCCAUGGCCUCAGGUGUAUAAAAUCUAGCACAUAGACAUGCAGACUGCUUCUACGAACAUUUGUGAAAGAAUGGGUCACUCCCAGGAGCUCAGUGAAUUCAAGCAUGGUACCAUGAUAGCUUGCCACCUGUGCCGUAAGUCCAUCCAUGAAAUUUCUUUGCUACUAAAUAUUCCAAGGUCAACUGUUAGUGGUAUUAUAACAAAGUGGAAGCAGCUGGGAACAACAGCAACUCAGCCCGCCACUGGACCCUAGAGCAGUGUUGACAUGUUCCCUGGAGUGAUGAAUCACACUUCUCUGUCUGGCAAGCCGAUGGAUAUGUCUUGGUUUGGCGGUUGCCAGGAGAACGGUACUUGCCUGUCUGCAUUGUGCCAAGUGUAA